UUUGUUUGCCAUCUCAAUCUGUAUCCUUGGUUCUCCAGCUGGCUCGGGACAUUGCAUGGCAACAUAGGGUACGACACUUGUUGCCAAUUGGAAGUAUGGCAUGUGACUUGGCCUCAGUGCAGGAGGUGAUACAGACGUAGAACAAACAGAGACCUUAACCUCCAUUAUAUUUUACUACCCAUUGACUUUAACACGCCCCAUAGUUUCUAUAGAGCUGCACACUGCUGACAUUCACUGUGUUGAAAUUAGAACAGGACUGACCGGUCAUAGAUUGAUAACGUUACAGACUGUUUCAGAUCUCGACAGAUCUGAUGUGUUUCUCUUAAACCAAGCUAAACCCAGACUCUCUCUCAUACUGUAGGUAUUCUAGCUCUUUCCAACAGUAUCGUGCUGCUGACCCGAACCAUACUGUGCUGUCUUGGAUAUUUAGCCUACAUCUCACAGACCUGUUCAGGACCGUUUGGCUCGAUGCUGCUCAGGAGUGUGAAAAGCCCUUUUUGACUUGCCAUUCCAAGUGCUCCUGUUUACCACAGCAACUAUCUAUAUUUGGUCUAGUACGAUCUUGUGAAUUGUAACAGCCUACAGACUUGUACUGCUGCUGACCAGUAGAUGGGGGUGUUGGAGAGGACAACCUGACCUUACCAACAACGUUUUAGGACACCUUCAGAAAGGGAUUACUGCAUUGUGUGCACUAAAAAACAAUGGGGUGAUGAGUAACAGAAAGUCACAUGCAGAUGGACCCGGUUCAAAAGGCGGUGAUUAACCAUACCUUUGGCGUUCCGCUGGUGAAGACCAAGAGGCCCAUCAUCUCCUGUAACGUCUGCCAGAUACGCUUCAACUCUGAGAGCCAGGCAGAAGCCCACUACAAAGGCAACCGCCACGCCCGGAGAGUCAAAGGCAUCGAGACCUCCAAGAGUCGCCCCCAGGAGGGUGACAAGCCGGCCCCACCUGUCCCCCUCUCCCCGUCCGACCCCGGUGGACCCCAUACAGCCACCUCGGACAUCAGCGACCCCUGCAAUGCAGACGAACCGCGCCCUCUGCCAUCACAGUUUAAUGGGGGACCUCUGCUGGCCCUGCCUGGGCCCCUACACCCCCUGCCUCCCCUCUCCACCUCUCCCACCACCGACUCCCCCCUUGCCCCCUCUGUGUGUCCCAUGCUGACCUCCCCCACCCUCACCCCUCCUCCUCUGCUCCCCCAAUCCUCUGACUCUCCCCUGGCUUUUGGCACCACCAACCCAGACCAGAAUGGUGGUCCAGUGGCCCCUGUUGCUCCCGGGGCCCCGGCCGGCCCAGAGACAGAAGAGGACAAAGCUAAGAAACUCCUCUACUGCUCACUCUGCAAAGUAGCCGUCAACUCCCUUUCACAGCUGGAGGCUCACAACAAAGGUACCAAACACAAAACUAUCCUGGAGGCUCGCAGUGGGCUGGGUCCCAUUAAGGCGUACCCUCGACUGGGCCCCAAACUCCCGGGGGAGCUGGGAGGGGGGCCGCUGGACCCCAACACUCAGGAACGCACCUUCCACUGUGAGAUUUGCAACGUGCGGGUCAACUCCGAACUGCAGCUCAAGCAGCACAUAUCUAGUCGAAGGCACCGGGACGGAGUGGCAGGGAAACCCAACCCACUCCUCAGCCGACACAAGAAGCACAGGGGAGCUGACCUCACGUCCUCUCUGACCUUCUCUAAGGAUCUCUCCAAAUGUUUGGGCGCUGGGCUCUUGCCCAGUCCCCUGGCGGUUGCCGCGGCGAUGGCGGCCGCCGCUUCCUCAAACCACCAAUUGGCUCAGCUUCGCGCCGCAGCGUCUUCCGUCCACCACCCCUCGCAUCACCACCACCACCACCUAUUACAGGGCCCGCCUCUCAGCCACGCCAUCUUAAGACCCGCCCCCGGACCCAUGCGUACCUCCCACGGGCCAAUCCUCUUCUCUCCUUACUGACUCCACCCCCCUCCACCUCGGCCAGUCAGGAGCAGCCACUCCAAAAGCACACUGUGAAGAAAUAAUCAACAUAAAACGACAAACAGCAAUUGAUAAGUUAAACAAAUCAUCGGUGAACAAAUCAAACGUAAAAAAACAUCUAGAGGAGUAGAAAAGAAAGGGAAGAGGGCACUCUGUCCUGAAACUCUCCCUCCAUCUCAUAGACUUGUGACUGCGAGUGAUAGACUGAUGGAGAGAGAACGAGCGAUAGGAGGAGCGAUACACAGUAUGCAUUGGAUAGACUCCCCUGUUCAUCUCUCACCUCCCCACCUCCCUCUCCCCCACACACUGUGAGCUCCAUCACUGCAUAUAGCGAUAGAACAAACUGAUGAGACUGAUCGCACACACACACACACACACACACACACACACACACACACACACACACACACACACACACACACACACACACACACACACACACACACACACACACACACCCUCCACUGCAGCUAACUAUUCCAGUGCAGUGUGUGCUGGGCCACACUACGAGUAUGUAUGGUUUCCUCAUCAUUCUGGUCUAACGUGUACUUAAUGUACUAUUCACCUCCACCUCCUCCUAUGCACCUCCAAACCAAGAGAAUAUUGUUACUAUAGUAUGCCAGUACAGUAGGCUAGCUGCUUUUCAGUGGUCUUCUUCGCUAUUAUAAACGUGUGUAGCCAUGUAUAAGUAUAGCAAUAUUCCACAAUACUGUAAAUUUCUCCUCCCGCUCUCGGGGGCACAAACGAAACAGGCAACCUUGUUCCUCAUUGUGGGUGACCCCUAGGUUCUCUUCCUAUUGGUGGACCUAUAGGUCCUUGUUAGAGUAUUACCGUGGGUGACAACAGGAUUGUGAUGGUCACGUCUUGAUGUGUGAAGUGUGGUGGUGGGGCAGAGGAGAAGAGAACAGGACUGUAAGGGGAUUUGUGAAAAAAGGUGCUAUCUAGAACCUAAAACGGUUCUUUGGCUGUCCCUGUAGGAGAACUCUUUGAAGAACCCUUUUUGGUUGCACGUAGAACACUUUCCACAGAGGGUUCUACACGGAACCCAAAAGAGUUCCUCUCGAACCAAAAAGGGUUCUCCUAUGGGGACAGAGUGUAGGGGGAUUAUGGGGGAGAGAAAGGAGAGCGGGGUAAGAGAGGAGAAGGGAACAGGACUCUAGGGUACUUGUGGUAGGACUAGGUGAGAGGACGACCAGCGUGGGUCACUGGAUAUCUGGACCCAGGGGCACUGUGGAGGAGGCGGAGACACGCUGGCGUUUGAAAAUAGAUUGUAACAACAAAGAUGGCUGCGGGGGGGGGGAAGUGUGUCAACCACUAUAACGAUCACAGCUAAACCUCUCCACCGGAUAGGAGAGCGCGAGAACAGAGAGAGAGAGGAGCUAGGGCAGAGGAGGCAUGCAUUGGUUCAUACUGCCCCUUUAACACAGUAACCUGGAACCUUGCCAUAUACUCUGACUGGUAUUGCAGCAUCUACUACUCAUUGAGACCUUAAUGUGAGUCUUAGUCCUCAAAGUACAACCACAUGAGAGUCUGUUCUUGUGUGUGUUUGUGUGUGUCCCUGAGAGCGUGUGGAGAGAAUGAUUUGUGUAUCUGCGAUAAAGCACAGGAUUCCGGAUUCCAUCCACCUAUGCAACCCCCCCCACCCCCAUAUGAACUCCAUACAGUGUUGGUGGUGUGACCAGUGUACAGUAUCUCUACGUAGAGUAUCUCCCUGUAUGUCUCUCUGUCCUUCUCUCUGUGUGGGGCCUGUAGUUCUGGGAUCCGGAAGGGUCAGGGUCUUCUCUUAUGCAUCACUGGAUCGACCUGGAUCGACCCCCCCUCAUCCCCGGAGGGUUGGUUUAAGGCUACAUAAGGGCAACAAGGGGACCGCGAACUCCCAAACGAUCUCUACCAGAUCCCCCGAGAGAGACAAAGCGCGAGAGCGGCACAGCGAGUUGGAGCGAGAGAGAGAGAGAGAGAGAGAGAGAGAGAGAGAGAGAGAGAGAGAGAGAGAGAGAGAGAGAGAGAGAGAAGACACUGAACUUAAGUGACAACCACCCCAGAGCACUAGCACAGCAAGGUCACACAUAGUGUAUUUAGGACAGGCCUGGGAAACCCUGCCCAGCCCUCUUUAUUUUUGACAUCCACACCUUCCUGUCUUUAAACGGAAAGCCAUGCAAUGCUAGGUGUAUUAUUUUACCAUGAGUGAUCAAUGUUUUGUUCUGUUGUAUUUUGGGAUGGUUGGUUCAUUUUCAUAGUUACCUACACAAUUAUAGUGAUGUGCAAAUAAUAAUAAAUAAAAAAAUACAAAAAUUCUAUUUAUGAGGGAAUGGUUGGAGACGGGUGGAAGUGAGAAGGAUGGAAUAUUUAGGAGUUGGUAAGAUACCGGAUGCAGAGACUGAGACUGUGCUGUCCACCUACAGCAGGCUAACAGAACUGAGAAUUAGACGAAGAGAAGCCUGCCCUGCUGAACACUGCUAUAGCACUGGGCCGUGUUCACGACGGCCACAAAACUGAGGAAAACUAGCCGAAACAGAGCUGAACAGGGUGAUACUACCUGAAGUCGUCCAAUAAGAAACGCCUGCGUUCGUUUUCUGUUGCAAAAAGUGCCCUAAUGAACACCACCCAAACGGAGAUGUACACUGCCCUUCCAGCGAGAAGCAAUGUGUUCUAAUGUCUUACCUUUGAUCGGAGAGUUAACUUGUUGUUAUUAAGCGUAAACAAUGUGUUGUACACUACAAGGUAAUGUACAGUGAACUCUGGGUCCUAGAUGUGCUUAAAUGCAUUUUGUCCUGUUCAGGUCACAUGGUCGAGUCACAUAGUCAGUGUAAAACUCCUGGUCCUAUGAAUGGGAAAUGUACCUGAUAAUAGGCCUUUUAUGUUCGUCCACAGAGGGGGUGGCCUGCAGAGGGGUACAGUAGAGAAGCCCAAUACUAAAUGGACCCCUAGACCCUAUGCACUUGCAGCGAUCUCAGCGGAUUGGACACAACAAUGCCGUCUAGUCAAUCAGUCGGCCAGAUUGUGCUACUACCAUAUUGCGUAUCUAAUCAUCUUAAGAUUUUUUUCAAGUGCAUAGGUUGAAGGGUCUAGAGGUCGAUUUGGGACAGAAGAGGGACAAUAAAGAAGCAGUUUAGGGAAGGGCUGUUAAUAUGAGAUGGGUGAAAGAGAGAUAAUUGGAAAGCAGCCCAUCUCUGCUUGGGGAAUGGUACAUACAUGCCAGGUAGCAAACUGGCAUUAAAGUUGAUCUGACAAGAUUUUUUCAUUUAGUUUGAACUUUUUGUGUUUUUGUUGCAUUGUGUUUCAUUUUCGUGUGUGAGAAAUAAGGUUGAGUAUUGAGUAAUAAAUCCUGAUAUGACAGAAUAUAUGAUUAUAUCAAUGCCAUUAUGUAAGAGCUGACUGAGUCAGUUUAUCCACCAAUGUGCUCUUUUGGUUAACUUGAUCUUAAUCCUGAUCUUAAACUUGAUCUUGACUUGGUGGAGAUGAUUUCAUUUGUAGUGAAGUUAAAAAGUGUACUUGGAGUAGUGCUCUUGUUCAUGUUGGUGUGUAUCAUUAUGUCUGCAUCCCAAAUAGUACACUAAGCCCAUAGCGCUCUGGUCAAAAGUACUGCACUAUAUAGGGAAUAGGGUGCCAUUUCAGAUGCACCCUGUGUAAUAUUGUGUGUGUUGAGACCUGCUCUCCCCACUCCCCACCAAUCAGAGACCAGAGAAGCCAUGGCUGGAACAGAAGUGGCCUAUCACGAUACAGGAGACAAACCUUAACCCAGGCAAGGUGGCCGACCACAAUAGAGGAGACAAACCUUAACCCGCCCACGCAGGCACAGACGUUAUAGAUUGUUUCCUGAUAUAAGGUUGACAAAGCAUCAAACAUUAUUAACAACCAUGACCCAUCGAUCAGUUCAAAGUGUUUGAUUCUGUCACUGUUAGAUCCAUGAAGUAGAAAUUCACAUAUAUGUUUAUAUCGUAGUCACCUCAAAUGGUACGUACAUCCUCAUGUAUUAGUCAAACUGUUGAACAUAUUUUCUGAGCAGGUGUCCUGGUAGCUGUGUGUAGGCUCUUAGCCUUAUUCCAUCCUUAUUAAUCACGAGAGGCAGAGAAUGCUGCACAAAUGGCACCCUAUUCACUAUGAACUGCCCUGGUCAAAAGUAGUGCACUUUAUAGGAAAUAGGGUGCCAUUUGGAAAACAUCCAGAGAAAGAUAAAGAUGGAGACACUUUGGUGAAACCGUGUCUUGCCAAUAAAGUAAUUUUUUUGAAUUUCAUUGUUAGAAGGGACAAGUAAGAGUUUGUAUGUCGAAUUGUAGCAAUACCCAACUCAUACUGGCUACUCUUGUUUAUUGCAAUAACAAAAAAAAGGAACCAAUAAAAUACAUAUGUGAGUAAAAUAUUAUAAAUGUAAUUUUAAACAAAAAAUAUACUUUAUGAAAAUGCUAUUGGUGUCUGUCGAGAGAAACUAAUGGUGAAAAAAAGAAAAUCAAUGUCAAUAAAUCAAUAAACUGAAGAAGGAAACCUC